UGGUGAGGGACGGGACUGGACGGGUCCGGACGGGACAGCCGCCCCAGGCGCAGUACACGGCUGGAGGAGGCUCGGCUAUGGCUGGGCACCCGGCGCGGGGAGCCGGGAGGCUGGGCGCACUGCUGCUCCUGAUCUGCUUUCACCUUGGAAAUGGACUUCACUUAGAGGUUUUACAUUCGAGUAAUGAAAAUGGUCAGAUCUCUCCACAAGGGUUCUUAUUUCGACAAAAGCGAGAGUGGAUCACUGCCCCUGUGUCCCUUAGGGAAGGGGAGGACCUCUCAAAGAAGAAUCCAAUUGCCAAAAUACACUCCGAUGUUGCCCAGGAAAGAAACAUAAAAAUUACAUAUCGUUACACUGGACAAGGGAUUACAGAUCCACCUUUCGGUGUAUUUGUCUUUGAUAAAAAUACUGGUGAAUUAAAUGUUACAAAGAUUCUUGACCGAGAAGAAGUUCCAAUGUAUAUACUAACAGGCUAUGCUUUGGAUGAGAGGGGGAACAACGUGGAAAAACCGCUGGAAUUGAGAAUUAAGGUUCUUGAUAUAAAUGAUAAUGAGCCAGUAUUCACCCAAGAUGUCUUUGUUGGAUCUGUUGAAGAACUAAGCCAAGCAAAUACUCUUGUGAUGAAAGUUAGUGCUACAGAUGCUGAUGAGAAAGGUCAUAUCAAUUCCCAAAUUUCUUAUAAGAUUGUCUCUCAGGAGCCUGCCCAGCCUUUUGUCUUCUUCCUCGAUAAAGACAAAGGAGAGAUUUUAACAACAACAUUUCUUCUGGAUAGAGAGAAAUGUAACCACUACAGUCUGGUUGUCGCAGCAACUGAUGGAAAUGGAGAAAAAACAGACAAGCCAGUGAAUCAAGCCAAAGUGCAGAUUAGCAUUUUAGAUGUCAAUGACAAUAUACCUGUGGCUGAAUUUGAGACGUAUGAGGGAACAAUUGAAGAAAAUCAAGUGAACGUGGAAGUCAUGCGUAUAAAAGUAACUGACUUGGAUGAAGUAGGCUCGGAUAAUUGGCUGGCAAAUUUUACAUUCCUUUCAGGAAAUGAAGGGGGUUAUUUCCACGUACAAACAGAUACUCAAACAAAUGAAGGAAUUGUGACUCUUAUUAAGGAAGUGGAUUAUGAAGUAAUGAAGACCCUUGACUUGAAGAUCAUUGUCACCAACAAAGCACCAUUUCACAAAUCAAUUAGAAAUAAGUUUGUAGCAAAACCCAUUCCUGUCAAGGUCAAUGUGAAAAAUGUUGUGGAGGGUGCUUAUUUUAAAAGCAGAAAAAUCGUGAUUCAAACCAGUGAACACAUGGAGAGAUCAGAAUUAGGUAAAACUAUUGGAAGAUUUCAAGCCCACGAUGAGGACACUGGACAAGUAGCACAAGUAACGUAUGCCAAAGAAGGAGAUCUCGACAAUUGGCUUACGGUGGAUUCAGUCACAUCUGAAAUCAAACUUGCUAAAAUUCCUGAUUAUGAGUCUAAAUAUGUCACUAAUGGCACUUACUUUGCAAAGAUCUUGGCUAUAACUAAAGAUUUUCCUAGAAGGACAGCCACUGGUACCAUUGAAAUAGUGGUACAAGAUUUUAAUGAUAACUGUCCAGAACUCGUAAAUCCAGUACAAACUAUCUGUGAUGAUUCAGAGUAUGUGAAUGUUACUGCUAAGGACUUGGAUGGUCAUCCGUAUAGUUCUCCUUUCAGCUUUGCUGUCAUUGACGAACCGCCUGGAAUGGCAGAGAACUGGUACUUUGGACGCCAAGAAGAUACAAGCGCAUGGUUGAUACCAAGAGAAUUGAAAGUGGGCAGAAGUGAAGUCCACCUGUCAGUGAGUGAUAAUCAGGGACUAAGCUGUCCUGAAAAGCAGAUCCUUAUGUUGACAGUUUGCAGCUGCGUGAGUGGUAGUGGCUGCGUUCAACCAUUGACUGACCCCUAUGUGGGGCUGGGCUCUGGAGCAGUUGGGCUCAUGAUUUUCGCACUUCUUCUGUUGCUGCUUAUACCCCUCUUACUACUUCUGUGCCAUUGUGGAGGAGCAGGAGGAGGAGCCAAAGGCUUCACAGCCAUACCUGGUACUGUAGAGAUGCUGCAUCCAUGGAACAAUGAAGGGGCACCACCUGAAGACAAGAUUGUGACAUCUUUCCUGACAACAGAUCAUGGGGGAAAUUUUGGACCAUCUGUUGGAGGAGGAAGUAGAACAGGAGUCAUGAUAGGCAGUGAAACAACUAGGAGGGAAAGUAGCUCUGGCCAGCGUACUAUGACUCUGGUAGAUGGAGCAUGGGAAGAGCGCAGAAGCCUUCUGACUGGUGGAAUUAAAAGAAUUGGAGGAGCAGCUGGAGCUAUUAAUGGUGCUGCAACAGUAGGGGUUUCUGGAGCCAUGAGUGGUGCUGCAACAGUGGGGGCAGCUGCAACCAUGGGGACUGCUGGAUCCAGGACAACCACUGUUGCAGUAAAUGAAGAAUUUCUGAGAAGCUACUUCAACGAAAAAGCUGCUUCCUAUUAUGACAAUGAUGAACUUCUAACAGGGAAAGACUGUCUUCUAGUUUAUUCUCAGGAAGAAACGCAAUCUCUUCAUGGUUCUGUUGGCUGUUGCAGCUUCAUCGAGGCAGACUGGGAUGACCGUUACCUGGAUGAUUUGGGAAUCAAGUUCAAGACACUAGCAGAAAUAUGCACAGGCCAAAAAAUAGAGACAGAUAGCGAAACAGACCUAAGGCACAAACCUCCCGCCCCAGCCAGUAUGAAUACAGUUUCACAUUCAGUUUAUGAGCAGAAUACUCUUCAGGCAGAAAAGUCCCACUCCUCCUCCUCAUCCUCCUCUCACACCAGCCUGCAGGCUCCAAAGCCAAUGAGCCAGUCAACUUCAGAGACCUUGACUCAGGAAUUAGUCUCUGAAAGAUCUUUAUCUAACAGGCAGGGGCUGAAGGUCGUAAGACCUCUCCCUGAUCCAGUAUUACCUGCUGGUAAUAUUGUCAUAACAGAAACGUCCUAUGCCACUGGCUCCACAUUACCACCAAGUACUCUGAUCCUCGAUGCCAACCAACCACAGAACCUCAUGGUUACAGAGAGGGUGUACGCUCCUGCCUCUAGUUUGGUAGACCAGCAGUUUGUCCAGAAGCAUGCCAGUGAAAGCAAUGUAGUGGUCACCGAACAUGUGAUCCAGCCUAAUGGCAGCAUAGCUAGUGGUCUAGGAAGCAUUCAGGAUCUGCCCGAUUCUCACUAUGUUGUCGUGAAGGAAAGAGAGAGGAUCCUAGCCCCAAGCUCAAGCCUGCAGCCCAUUCAGAAUGUCCCCAGUUUAGCAGUAGGACAGAAUAUGACAGUAACAGAAAGAGUGCUCACACCUGCCUCCAAUCUGCAAGCCUCAAAGACUGUGGUGUCUGGAGCUGGAACACCAGCCCCCCUGCAAAAUUUAGAUUUACAGGAAUCCGUUCCAUCAAAUUCUACCGUAACCACGUCUUCUACCAGAGUCACCAAGCGUAGCAGUGUCCAGCAUUCUUAUUCAUAAAACAGCAGUCAGCCCCUCCACUUGCAGCUAAUGAUUUUAUGUUUUCAAAGUGUCCAGUCCCUGGGUGGGCCCUGCUUGUAGAACUGAUGCAGGUGUCCAGUCACUUAGUACUGGAGAGCAGCUAUCCUGAGUUAAUGAGCAGAGGCCUGGAGGGCAGAGUCCUCUGUCUGCUUCUAAGCUUGUGUUGCAGAAAUGCCUUCUGACCUGCUGGGGGCAUAAAAAUGAUCAUGUUAAUUAAGUGGCCUGAUAAUUCUUCUCAUUUCAACUCAACAAGCACAUCUUAAGUGCCUUCUCUGUAUGAGGCAUUCUGCUACAUACUGAGGAUAUAAAGAUAGGAAAGAAAACCAACCUUGUUCUCAGGGACCUCCUGUGUUCUACUGAGGGUAUUAAUAAUAAUCAAUACUAUAACUAACUUUUGUAUAGCAUUUACUAUGCACCAGGCAUUGUGCUACGUGCUUUACGAUUAUUAUCUAAUUUGAUCCUCACCACAACCCUGGGAGGUAGAUGCUACAUUUUACAGGUGAGGACACUGAAGCAAACAGACAUCAAGUAACUUGCCCAAGGUCACACAGCUAGUAAGUGUCCGAGGCUGGAUUUGAACUCGUGUUUUCCUGAUUCCAAGCCUGGCUUUCUCUGUGCCACCUAGCUGCCAACAAACAAAAUAACUGGAGGAAGGAGAUUGGUUAGCUGCAAUAUAGGAAGCUAAUUACACAGAUGUAAUCCACCUUCAAUUCAGCAAACGUGAAGUACCUUAACUCAUCGGUGCAGACAAAGAAGGGAACUCGGAAGCUGUUUAGUUCACACAAACACACCCAUUCUACAGAUCAGGAAAUUGACCCAGGCAAGCUGAGUGACGUCGUGAGUCACACAAAUAGCAAUCAACAGGGGAUUUGAACCCAAGAAUUAGUCACUUUUUUUUAUUAAGUGCUCAAGGCCCUGGGGAUACAAAGGUGAAAUAAAAUACGGCCCCCACCUUCAAGGAGCUUAUGAUCUAAUGAGGAGGAAAAUACCUACUGAAGAACAUUGUUGAAAAGUAGAGUUAAGUUACCCUAACCUGGGUGAGCUUCUAUUGCCUUAUUCCCCUUUUCUCAUCCCCAUAAACUAUUUGGAGGCCUUAUAUCUUAUACUAGAUUACCUACAACAACCUGUUUCAGCAGUUUCCUAUUCCAGUCUUACCUUGUUCUCAAGUCCGCCAUUGUGGUUACCCAAAGAUUCUGAUCCAUCUGUGAGAUGAACUGAUUUUGAGGAUUUCAUCUGACCACACUGAGUUAUAUUGUAUCAGAUUUGGGCUUUACAGAAAGCACCACACAUUUUCUUUUCCUCCCAGGCAAUCAUUAAAAAUACAUACUUAAAACUCAAGUGCUUAAUCUUAGCCGCUCCUUUUCUAAGUUAAUUUGGAAUACUUUUCCUGUAGCAUGAAGCAAGUAUAUAGGAUAUCUCUUUUUAAACUAGGUAGCUAAGACCCAAUCUAGCUAAGUCAAUAGAUUCUUUGUUACAGUUAUUUUUCUGCAAACAAUCCCCUUCCCUCCUCUAACUUCUCCAAAAGCUGCCAAUGAUAACAUGGAAUUUGCCUCCCAAAUCCAAUUGCAAAUUCCAAUAGAAUUUGGGGGGUCCUAUCUAAAACUGUAAAGCUUCAGCUUGAAGCAAUCUGACCUGCUUUCUACAUGCUAGGAACUUUAGAAUGAGUUGCACAUUUGCACUUUUCCCAUUUAAAAUUACUUUGGUUUUAAUUAGCUCCUACUCUUUACUUUGCCUGGUGAUAAAAUUCAGUUUGUUCUCAAUUUUUGAAGACUCCUUUACCAAAGAAAACUUAGUUAAGAGUUGAUUCAAUUCCAGUUAAAUUUAUCAAGUGCCUGCUAUGUGUACUUAAGGUCAACACUGUGUUGAUAAUGUAUAUGUUUCAGAAUACAUGAAUAUGCAUACAUGUAAAUAUUUCUUACACAGAAAAAUAUUUUGGUAAUUUACAAUAGAGCAUUAAAGAAUUUGUGGUUUCAGGACUUCGUAGAUAUUUUUCUGAGAAAAUAACUUUUUUAAAUUCUCAAUUAAUAGUGGUUAUUUGUAUUAUUGAUUUAACAUAAGUGAUUUUCCUGAUUCCUUUCAUCUAACAAAUUCAAUAAACUUUAGACACUCCUCUCACUCCUGUUAGCCAGAUAAAAGUUGAUUUAUGUUAGCUUUGAUUUCCCCACCCCUGUGCAGGAAAAUGGAUAUGAAUGAUUUGCCCAUCAUGACUAAGGCAAAGAAAUGUCCCAAAUCCAGAGAAUUGGAAUUUUCCCUAUAAAUGACAAAAUCUAUCAUAUCGCAAAAUUCCUUCCUAUUGAUUUUUUUUAAGUAGCUCGUAUCAUAGAACUUUAGGACUAAAAGGAGGUUUUCUCAUCCAACCCCCUCAUGUUUACAGAUGAGGAAACAGAGGUCCCAAUAUGUGAUUUGCCCAAGAUCACACAAUUAGUAACAGAGCCAAGAUUCAAACACAGGUGGUCUUCUAAUGCAUUGCUUUUCCCACUAUGGUAGUAUACAUUUUUUACUUUCAUUUGUAGCUUUGCCAGUGACAUUUUACUUCUAUUUCAUGGGUCCUUAAUCUGUUUUGGGUGAGCACUCAAGUCCACUGGCAUAGACCAUAAUUCCUCCUCUCCUUAGUGGACAAAUCUAGUGAGUUGCUGUGACCAAAAAUAUUCAUCCCCUGGUAUCCUCACCAGACCUGCCUGGGCUGGGCCUCAGAAGAGACUUAGUCUGAUUCCUUGCCUUGAGCCUUUCCAGCUUCGAAUGGAUCUGGCCAGUGUUUGCAUUCUGUUGGUAUACCCUUUGAGAAUACAAGGACACUUCCCAUGCCCCAAUGAAACAGUGUACUUGGUGGCAUUUUGCCAAAACUAAAACCAGAGCAAAUUGUGUGUGAAAUUUGAGAUGUAAGGAAAUGGGAGAAAAAUUGAAGCUGGCUUAAGUAGAACUUGAGACUCAAAAGGACAAAAUAUUAAAAUUGUAAAAGUUUGCGUACUUUACUUUCAGCCUGUAUUUAGGGUCAUCACACUGAAGUUAUCUUUCUUUGUUCCUGAGGGGGUAGCUAGUUAGUUUUUACAUUGUUCUUUUGGAUAAUUAUAUUUGUAUGUAUCGUCAUGAAAACUUUCAAUAAAAAGACUAUGACAGUGA